CCACAGGCAAAGCGUGUGCUGCACCUCAGCUAGCAGAAAGCACACGCAGCUGGUGCUGGUCCUGAAUGCUUGGCUGGGGCCUGGGAGGGCAGCGAGUUGGCUCUGCCCAGAGAGGUGCUGGUGGUGCUCUGCAGGAGCUGCUGCUGAACAAUCCCUCACUGCUGCAAGAUGACCAACAUUGAAGACCUGAUUGCGCUAAUGGAUGUAGGCCGGUGUGUGGGCAUCCAGAUAACCAACAAUACCAGAGAUGUGACCCUCGAGUACCCCAGGACUUACUGUUUCAGCGGCCGGGCCAGGACAGACCCUGUGCCCCAGAUCCCCCCCGGCUCCUCGGGGAGCUGUCUGUUUGUGAAAACAAGCUACACGGCCCGUGGGAGCGUUGGGGUGCUGAGCUACGAGUCCGACGCCUUCACCCUGGCCAUCAUGUUCUCCAACCCCUUCGACCGCAUUCUCUACAACACUGAGUUUGCCAUCGAGCUCUUUGCUGGCAGGAAGCACUUUGAAAGCAUGGAGAACCUGUACCAUUAUAUGUACAGCCAGGGCCCACUCUAUAAGUGCGAGUCCUACAGGAAAGUGAAGCUCGAGGUCCUGGAUGGCCAGCUGGAGGUGACCAACGAGAAGAUCCAGGUGAAGGCCACUAUGUCCAACCAAAAUAAAUCCAUCAUUAAAAUACAGAUUGAGCAAAAAGAUCCCUGCCCGCCCUACACUGCCAGCCCAGGGAAAUGGCCCAAUGUGCCAGACAAGGGGGCUGCUGGUGGGAAAUAGUGACUUUCUUUCUCCCAGCUUGAGUAGACAGCGAUGUGCUAGCUCUGCUCAUGUUAGUGCACUAAGAAUGGCCAGAGCGGUGUGGGUGGUGGGAAGAGCUAGUUACCCAAGUGCACUCUCACCUGACAUCCCGGGUAUUUACUCAGGCAGCUAGCCUGAGCUGCUGCUCAUGCCACAGUGUCCACACUGCUAUUUUUAGUGACUAGGGCAUGUCUGGCUACCCAGGCUGGGCAGUAUCCACGCCUCCAGCAUUUUAUCAUCAUUUUGUAAAAAAAGUUUUGUUUCUUGCUUAUUUUUUAACAUCAGAAAUAACAGGAGUUGGCAUAGGAAGACCUGAAGUUUAAGUAUUUAUCAUGGUGAGAAAACUCCCAGAAAGCUUUGCAAAAAGUAAUGCUACAAAAGAUCAUAUAGAAUUAUUAGCAAAUAAGAGCUAAACUUCUUGUAAGUGGAAAUAUGUUUAAGAGCUUGGCCUUUGGGUAUAACUGUACAAGGUUGUUUUUAAUUGCAUGUGUGCUUGCUAGGUAAAAUAUAAUUGGCUAAGCAACUUAAAUAACAGUUAUACAUUGUAGUGGAAACCAAAAGAAAAGGAUAAGUAGAUAAGAUCAUAAUGUAAGAAUGGCUAUACUGCAUCUGCCCAAUGGUCCAUCUAGCCCAGUGCCAGAUGCUUCAGAG